CGAUAACGACCAGUAUGUCACCAAUCAUUGUAAACAGUGAUACCAACCAUUUAAACAGUGGUUACAACUAUUGUAAUCAAUAAUACCAACCAUUAGUAAACUCAAGGAUUUUAUGUGAGAGUGUAUUUGUUUUUUAAAACAAUACUUGGUGAAUAGUGAUGUCAUCAAAGUGAGUAAAAUUAUUGUUGUCUCUGAUGUUUAGUGUUAUUUAAAACAUUUAUAUGAAAUUAUACUAGUUUUGAAGUAAUAUUGCGAUAGCGUAUAAAUCAUAUUAGCAGCCUAAAUCCCCUCGCAAUGAAUGAGUCAUCAAUAUUAUUAGACGUGUACUUUCCCGAAUGUUUGCCCAAAGCGGAAUAUCUUGAUGAAGUCCACCAGGCGGAGGAGGCUGCAAAAGAAUUAAUCGAAAGUUCUGGACUGUCUUAUACAAACUGGCCGGUCUUAGGGGCAAUACUUCUGCCUCUUCUUGGCGGGAACUAUAUUCGCCACACGGGGGGCAGCAGAGACUACAUUUGGGUUCAGUCUUCCAAGUUCUCUAAAUCAAAAACCGGAGAUAUAGCGUUUCCUAUUGCAUGGUCAUCAUUGUAUGCCCAAAUGGGUUACGCCUCUUACUUAGUUUGGAGGAACGGAGGUGGCUUUACAGGGGCACGGCUGCCAUUGGCCACGUACAGUCUACAAUUAGCCCUAAACUUCUCAGUGUCCUCUUGUUUUUUCUCAAAACAUAACUCAAAAAGUGCAUUUAUCAACAUUCUUUUGCUGGACACGGCUGCUGUAGGAACCGCUGUCCUGUUCUACCACAAGACUCCACUAGCAGGCUUCCUCAUGGUUCCUUACCUAGUCUGGUUAUCUCUGGCCACCGUAUUUAACUAUAAGCAAUGGAAGGAAAUUCAUGAAAGAAAUUGAAAGUUUAUUUUUAGAAAUUAUAUAUAUAUAUAGUGUUUGGCAAUACCUUAAAGUGUUCACUAUCAUAGUAAAGAAAUAUAAUAUGUGUUUGAAAAAAGAUAGAUUUUAUUACUUUAACUAAAUCCAUGCUGCUAAUUUGAAUGAAAGUGCGUGUGUUCAUAAGUUCCCGUUUUUAAUGACGCAUUUUGAAAUUAAUGUAUUUUUAUGUUAAUAAUACAAUAAAUAUGUUUCACUCUA